AUGCUGCGACGUGCUCGUGGCGCUUCAUUGGAUUCUCCUGCGAUGUUCAGGUCGUGGCGCGCGGAGGAGGCGCUCGAGCGGAAGGAACAGAUUCGUAGAAAAGGAAGGGAAAUAUGUUCGGAACAUGUGAAGCACCAGACACAUCCCAUCACUGAAGUCAGAAGGCAUCAUAAGCUUGCUUCUGAUGAGGCGAACCAUCUUGAUGCCUAUUCGGAAUGUAGAUCGGUGAUUGGAGAUGGGGAGUGUUUCUACAGGAGUUUCAUAUUUUCGUACCUUGAGCAAGUUAUUGAUAGGCAGGACACACAUGAGGAACACCGUCUCCUUCAGGCUGUUGAUAUGGUGAAUCUGCACUUUGCAGCUCUUCGAUGGAACGAGUCUGAGUUUCGAUGGAACGAGUCUGAGUUUUCCAGGAGCAGCAGAGCAUUUAAGAAUCUGAUCGAGAAAGUAAUGAGAUGGAAGAGUCAUGGCAGGUGGAAGGGCAUGGAAUCAACUAGCAGCUACCGUAAAGAGGAACUUCUCGAGUUCUUCAGCGAGUACGAUACGACGCAAGACAGUGAGAAAAACACCCUUGAAGUCAUAUUUCCUUUUGUUCUCAUAUUAGUAGUAGCUGUCGAGAUAUGCUGGCACGACGAGGUGUAUGAACCGCUUAUACCAGGGCUCAGUGGAAAUUACAAUCUUCAAGAUUGGUGCUUUCAGCGCGUCACUCCAGCUCGUCGGUUCACGGAUCAUGUCAUGAUGGUGGCCUUGGCCAGAGCGCUUGAGAUACCCCUCAGAGUGGAGCGAGUCCGAGGAGGAUAUGAUCCAGAUAUCUACACUGUCCCCGGAGUUCCCCGUCCGAGAGUGACCCUGCUGUACUCGGCAAACCAUUACGAAAUCAUCUACCCGCGUGUUCCUCCAGCUGAGAGUUCAAGUCAUCAGGCUUCCCAGAUAGAACAUGCUGCUGAUGAGGGUUCAAGCCAACAGACUUCCCAGAGAGAACAUCCUGGCGAUGAGAGUUCAAGUGAAUAG